GAUGCCCCGGCUCGCAAGAAAGAUAUAUCAGCUAUAGCAAGGUCAAAUCGAGUCUAAUAAGUAGGCUCUCUCCAAAACUGUCUCUCACACAGAAGCUGUUUGCACCAGUGAUCUCAGGUGAGGUUUAUUUUGAGACAACCCGAUAAUAACCACUCACUGCGCGCGACGGAACUGCCCUGCUGGUCAUUUUAAUUUACAGGUAGGCUGAUCACCCAAAAAAGAUGAACCGUCACACACUGGAGACAAACAGAAGAUGUCCCUCAUACCAGUUGUCUGUUAAUUUGCUGAUUGAAGAAGGCAUUCGUAUACAUGCUGUUAAUCAUUUCUUAGGUUUUUUACUCGGCAGACAGGCUAUUCAUCUUGCCCUUAGAGCAUGCCGGUAAUGUCGUUUAAAUUUGUCAGUAUAGGUAGGCUACUCGUUGAAUUUGUUUAUUGCCGUAUUUCUACUCCAAGUCUUGAGGGGAAAUAACUUUGUUUUAUUUUGCAAUACAGCUAAAAAUAAAAUGCCUGUCAGCAAACCCCUUCACAGCGUUUCAUGAGUGUUUCCUCCCAGGCUACUUAGUUUUCGAACUGCCUUGGCUGUUCCGCUGGAGAAUGUGGAAGAAGAUGCGAGCUCUCACGCACCAAGAGCGUCUGCGCCACGCAAGAGCUCUCUGGAAACCUAUAAGUCAUGUGGCUUAGAUGGAAUUAUUCAAUACCGAAAAGAAGACGAGAAUUAUCAUUUUCGUGCUUUAAUGAGCCUCAGACUUCGAAUUAUCCCCUAGUGCGCCCGGAGAAUGGGAGCCAUCCCUGCUAUGAGUAGGCUACAAUUCGCACGACCAUCCUUAAACCAUCUAAGUUUUAUCCUUCUGGAGCGGCAGAAUUUCGAAGUGAUUGUCUGCAAAUUCAGCACUAGAAGAGCUUAAAAGGGGAAGUUUCAGAGCUAUGGCGGUGUUCAAUGAUGCUGAGUGGUCCUGGAACGACUCUUACCUCAGAAUUCCAGAUGGGAAUUCCAGCAUGGAACAGCUGGAGGCAGAGAGCGAGCGGAACUACUACGCCAUGUUCUACUCCCUGCUUAUCCUGGCCAUUGUGUUCGGGAACGUGCUGGUGUGUCUGGCCGUGGUGAGGGAGCGCUCCCUGCAGACCACAACCAAUUACCUGGUGGUGAGCCUGGCUGUGGCGGAUCUACUGGUGGCCACCCUUGUUAUGCCCUGGGCUGUCUACCUGGAGGUGAUGGGCGGUGCAUGGCUCUUCAGUCGACUGUACUGCAACGUCUUUGUCACGCUGGAUGUGAUGAUGUGCACUGCUAGCAUCCUCAACCUGUGUGCCAUCAGCAUUGACAGGUACACUGCAGUGGUGAUGCCUGUUCUGUAUAACACCACACACAGCUCUCGUAAACGGGUGUCCAUCAUGAUCGCCGCUGUCUGGGUCCUGGCCUUCACCGUCUCCUGUCCCCUGCUGUUUGGGUUCAACACCACAGAUGACCCCACGGUGUGCUCCAUCUCCAACCCAGAGUUUGUCAUCUACUCGUCCGUGGUGUCCUUCUACCUGCCCUUCAUGGUCACUCUGCUGGUCUACAUCCGCAUCUACGUCUUCCUCAGGAGGCGGAGGAAGCGGAUCGCCUUCAGACAGGCCAGUGGGAAAGUCCAGCCAGGAUCCGCUCUGCCGUCUGCGGAGACCUGUUUGCAGGAGACAAUGAAGGAGAGGAGAGAUCUCUCCCCAAUUAGGAUUAAAGUGGAGACCUCAGACCAGCCUCCUCAGGCCAAGGCCCGCCUCCUCCCAAGCUGCCUGCGGCCUAAGAAGCCACGCACGGCCCCUGUGGAGAACUCACUACUGCCCCCGGUGGACCUCCAGAAUUACUGCAGCAUCAGCCAGGCCUCCUUCGCACGCACCGAGCAGGAUGGGUCGCCCCACGAUGGAGAGGACGGGGACGGGGAGGAAGAGGAGAAGGAGGAGGAGGGGUCGACAGGCGAGAGGACGCGGGGCGGCCUCACCCUGAGAUGCAGCUGCGAAGUGAAGGACAUGUCCAACGGGCGGACGCACACCACGCUCCGUCCGGCGCCAGGUCCCGUGCUCCGCCCGAGCCAGCUGCGGAACAGAAACAUGCAGACCCGGGAGAAGAAGGCCACACAGAUGCUGGCUAUCGUGCUGGGGGUCUUUCUCAUCUGCUGGCUGCCCUUCUUUGUGACUCACAUCCUGAACACCCACUGCCGGACGUGCUACAUCCCCCCGGAGCUCUACAGUGCCUUCACAUGGCUUGGCUACGUCAACAGCGCCCUCAACCCAGUCAUCUACACCACCUUCAACAUUGAGUUCCGCCGCGCCUUCAUCAAGAUCCUCACCUGCUGAGAUCCUCCCCCUCCCCCUCACACAAACAAACACGCAUACUCACAAGGAUCCAUGCGGAAAAGGAUCAUCCACGUCACACUCCUGACGGAGGAACCAAGAACAAAGAGAGAGUGUGCAGGGGGAAGUGAGGAAACAAGGACACGUCCUAAGGAGGAAGUCUGCUAAGAAGGACUUGUCCUCUUCUCAGCGAGCCACAGCACUGCUGUCUGACCAACUGUAGAGACUCUCUCGCUUGCCAGCACCUGCCUCAUGUCAAUGGCAGCGUCCUCUCCCCACUUUUGGCACACCAACGGAGCCUGUCAGUGUUAUCUUCAUUGGAGUAAUAGCAACCAGCUGCAGCCGGGAGCUUGAAUUGGCCCGACUCGCUCCCACCUUCAAGUGCAGGUGUUUUCGCUAAUGGCGCAGUGAUCCGUAUCUUGAUGUAGUCACUUGCCGAGAGGAGCGCGAAGAAUGUGAGGGACACGAUGGGAACCUUUGUCCCAUUUCCCCAUUUCGUGUGCUUCCUGUUACCCCUGAGUGAAUGACUUGAGACAGAUUCUCAGCCUCCAGUUAAUCAAUACAAACUUGACAAGUUGCCAAGCGAAGGCAUUCAUCGAGCCCAUCUCACAUCGUGCCAUUAAAGACUGAGAUCUCCUCAAUAUACUCAGCGAUCAGAAAUAAAUAAGAUGUCAUGUGAGGAUUGCCGUCAUGCUCGCUCGGAUUGUUUGUGUCCUCACAAAAACUCUGCAGAUGCGCGUCACGUCACAUCGCCUAUCUUUAGCUGUCCAUUGCUGCCUCAAGCACGUGUUAACACUCCAGCUGUCUUUGAAGAGUUUUUUCGGUGUAUGUCGGCGUGUUCGAGAUUAUCAGUCACAAAUGCCUUGGGAGGCUUGUGUUUUUUUUUGUUUUGUUUUGUUUUGUGGGGCGUCGGAGGAAUCGCAUGGAAUUUCUUCAAGGAAUUCACAGAUUUGUCACAGGGACCAUGAGCAUACGGUGAUUGACAUUCACAUGGCGCUUAAGAAGAUCUGAGAGCCAACCCCCCCAACCCCCCAUGCCUUUGAUACCAGCUUUCCUGGCAGGCAGGGCCCUGUAUGCUGUCACCGUAUUGGACUCUGGAGACUAGUGGGAGGUGGGGAGGAUUGUCAUGGAGUAGGAAUAUGUAUAAAAAUUUGCUUCUGUGUUGUGUGAAUAAAGCUAAAUGGAUACUUGGCA